AGCACGUCGAGCGCGGCGGGUGCCGCCACAACGCCAUGUCUCAGAUGCGAGCACAAACACAGGUCUAUUGGACAAUUGGACAAUUGGAGCACUAACCCUCACGGUACCAAGGUAUGAUGGAGGACUUGAUGGCGUGCGCAGCACAUUUGUCGUUGUGUCUGGCCUUUGCGGGCGUCACCCCUCCCGGCGGAUCGGCGGGAUUGCACGCAGAGCGCAUCAUGGGACUCCGGUACUCCGGACGGCUCAUGAAUCCAAAGCUGAUAGACGACAAGGGACUCAGAGUGCUGUCGUUUAAACUAAAACAAGAGUUCGAUGAAUAUCGAUCUGACCGGUUCGGAUACCUAACCGGUCGUAACUUGUUGAAAGCACGAGCCCGGCCGUGAGUAGAACGGCGAGGAGGCCGGAAGAGAAAACGGCGACACACCGCGUCGAGAUGCCGGGAGUCUGGGCUCGAGGUCGUAUAAUUAGUUGCUGAUUCACUGAUUCACGG